GGAGUCCAUAGGUGAAUGUAGAGCGAUGGAUGAGGGAGGUGAAUGAGAUGUGAGUGUCAGCCAAUUGUAGCGGGGAGAGAGUUGGGGGCGUGGCUGAAGGUUCGUGGCUCUGUAGCGGGAGUUUGUGUCAGUCGGACUGUGAGUGAGGAGCUGAAUUCGCUAAUUGUUUUACUGCUCCCUGGAAAUGACUUCCCAAUGCCCCCGCUGCCGUGCCCCGGUCUACUUUGCAGAGAAAGUGAGCUCCUUGGGGAAAAACUGGCAUCGUUUCUGCCUGAAAUGUGAGCUUUGCAAUAAGAUCCUGUCUCCGGGUGGCCAUGCAGAGCACAAUGGACAGCCCUACUGCCAUAAGCCUUGCUACGGAGCACUCUUUGGCCCCAAAGGGGUGAAUAUUGGUGGUGUAGGAUCCUACAUCUAUGAUACAACCCCUCAAAUCCCACAACAUCUCGCAUCUCCAGUCAUAUGUAUUUCAAGCCACUCCAGUAGCUUGAACACAAAGCCGGCUACUAAAGCUGCAGCACCAAUGAAAACCUUUGCUGGCGAGACAGCCCUUUGCCCUGGCUGUGGGAAACCAGUGUACUUUGCUGAGAAAGUGACGUCUCUAGGAAGAAACUGGCACCGUCCAUGUCUGAGAUGCCAGCGCUGUAACAAAACAUUAACUGCAGGGGGGCAUGCAGAGCAUGAUGGGCUGCCAUACUGCCAUGUUCCAUGCUACGGCUACCUCUUUGGACCAAAAGGAGUGAACAUUGGAGAUGUUGGGUGUUACCUGUACGAGACAACAGAGACUGUGAAUUAGAUGUCAGUCUUACAAUCUGUGUGCCUGUGUUCGACCAUAUUUAUCUGCUACUGGUACACACCUCAUUGUAUUUCACUGGGUACUUUGGAGUAAAGGUAACUGCAGUGUUCCAUCAAACCCCUUUGGAACCAUAUCUGAAACACUUCACUUUUAUCCCACUGUGGGCUGGAUCCUCUGACUUGGAAUGAUAAAAGGACUCUAUAACAUGCUUUUGUUUACGGGGGUCUGAGAGGCUGAGGGAAAUCAUGUGUGGGAAGGCUCUUCUGUCUUCUGAUCAAUAGCUAAAAUAUUAGGGACAUCCUGCCCUUAUGUGUCCCAUUGUAUCAACUCAAUAGCUGUGAUAUCCUGCCUCAUUCGCUCUGUCUGACUGAUCACCCAUGUGGGGAACCAAAUGGUUUGAUCGAAUUAUUUGGAAUCAUCACUCUGGGGAGGACUGUAUCAAUGACUUGGUGCUGUCCACCCCUGUUGAGAUAGUCUGACCUGCCCAAUAUGUACCUCUCAGAUUUUCUGGGCCAUAUAUUGGUUGGGCAGGUUUCAUACCCUUCCCAACUUGGUCUGGAGUUUCAAUUUACAUGUAUGGCCAGCUUUUAAAGCUAUAAUUAAUGACCGAUUUGAAUAACACAAAACAACUGUAUUUUGAACAGUUUAUCUAUUAUCUGAUCUGUUAUACGUGUAAAUACCUGCUACACCGCUGGAAAUUAUUUAAGCAAAAACUUUCUUGUGCCGGGUCGCAGUACUUCAUGUUAAAUGCACAUGAGAAUUGAUGCUAUUUGCCCUUUAAAGGCAUGCUCUCCCUUUAAUUAUCUGAUGUUACUUGCCCUUUAAAGGGAUACUGUCAUCAAAAUAAAAAAUGUUUAAUUUUGCCUGAAA